UCCAAAAGAGGAAAUUUGAAUUCGGGAGCAUUGGAAAAGUCGGUGGAGCUGGAGUUCAGAGACACCAAGACGCUUGGCUUUACAGUAAGGGUCUAGAACAAGGACAAGCAGUCUAUCCGCCUGCCAUGAGUGAGGGGAGACACAGUGCUAAUAACUGGCGAGGCGGUGGUCGGGGACGGGGCCGGGGACGAGGAAGGGGCCGGGGCAGGAGCCAGGAAGCGGACGUUUUGAACAGCGCCAGGCCCCGCGUGGCUUCUGGCGAUGACGAGGCCCUGCGGAGGAGGCAAGAGCGGUUUGCGAGAGACCUCGAAAGGGAAGCGGGGUCGGGCAACGGGCGUGGCGACAGCUACGGACUCAUCAGCCGAGGCGAGGACACGCGAUUGAAGGACGACGCCACGGCCCGCCAGAGGCUCCUUGACGACACCCUGCGGCGGGUCCACGAGUACGAGCGGAAAGCCGCUGCCGGCGGGACGGCGGGUGCCGACAGCGAGAGAGACUCGAUUCUGCUGGCGUUCCGCAAGCUCAGAGAGAGCGUCGUUGCCGUUGACAGCAGCCGGCGUGCCGCCGGCGCCGCUCUCUCCGAGCCGGAGAAGAGUUUUUUCCGGGAGGUGUACCUCUCGUCGAUCCGCUUUGGCGUGCGCUGUGGCAGCCACGAGUCUUAUGUACCGGCGUUGCAGUGGGUGCUCCCUGUUGCCACCGCUGGCCGCUGGGCCUUCACUGCGUCCGAGCACGAGUGGCUCGUGCUCCGGCUCGCCGAGCAGCUCGCCGUCGUCGAGCAGCGCUACGAGGAGAGUCUGUUGUUGCUGAACACGCUCCUUCACUUCAAACCCGUGGACCUUAACGCCCGUCAUGCUUCCGGUCCUCUUGAACAGCUCUAUCUGGCCGUUGUUAAGCUCAUCAACAACAAUUUCCAUGUCGCGGGGCUCUCUGUGCGUGGCGCAGCGCGCGUGGCGCAGCUGCAAGCACAACAGCGAAUUCUGUCGUAUCGAGGCAGCGAGCGGUACGAGGAACAAGACGUGUUGAAGAAGGGGACAGAGAGAGAGACGGGGUCGGAGAAGAAGAAAGAGGGCGGGGACGGGGCAGAGCCGGGUCGGGAGUAGAUGGAAG